UCCUCCGCCAGCGCGCCGCCGCCGCCGCCGCCGCCCGGAGCCGGCCGGGCCGCCAUCAUGCUGAGCCGGCUCGGGGCGCUGCUGCAGGAGGCCGUGGGGGCGCGGGAACCCAGCAUCGACCUGCUACAGGCCUUCGUGGAGCACUGGAAGGGCGUCACCCACUACUACAUCGAGAGCACAGAUGAAAACACCCCAGUCAAGAAAACAGAUAUUCCCUGGCGGUUGAGGCAGAUGCUGGACAUCCUGGUGUAUGAGGAGCGGCAGCAGGUGGCGGCUGGCGAGGCAGGGCCCUGUCUAGAAUACCUGCUACAGCACAGGAUCCUGGAGACCCUAUGCACGCUGGGCAAGGCCGAGUACCCCCCAGGCAUGCGGCAGCAGGUGUUCCAGUUCUUCAGCAAAGUCCUGGCCCAGGUGCAACACCCCCUGCUGCAUUACCUCAGUGUCCACAGGCCUGUGCAGAAACUUCUCCGACUUGGUGGGUCAGUCCCUGGAUCCCUCACAGAAAAGGAGGAGGUGCAGUUCACCAGCGUCCUCUGCUCCAAGAUCCAGCAGGAUCCAGAGCUGCUCACCUACAUCCUGGAAGGUAAAAAAAUCAUCAGUAGGAAGAAGGCACCCAGAGAGUCUACCGCCCUGUCCAAAGACUCAGCCUGCCACACGGACAAGGACCAUUUCCACAGCAGUGCUCCUGACAAAGGAUCCCAGCUGGAUGGGGAGCACUGUGGGGCCCAGGCCUUGAACAGCCACCUGCCUGCUGAGACUGAGGGGCCAGAUAGUGGGACCGGGGAGAGCACCCUGAUCACCUCCCUACUUGGACUGUGCAAGAGCAAGAAGAGUCGAGUGGCCCUGAAGGCCCAGGAGAACUUGCUGCUCCUGGUAAGUGUGGCCUCCCCAGCAGCUGCCACCUACCUGGUGCAGAGCAGCCCCUGUUGCACGGCCAUCGCAGAGCACCUUUGCCAGCUGUACCGAUCCCUGCCUGCCUUCCUCGACCCUGCAGACAUCGCAGCUCUAGAGGGCAUCAGCUGGAGGUUACCCAGUGCCCCAUCCGAUGAAGCAUCCUUCCCUGGCAAGGAGGCCCUGGCUGCCUUCCUGGGCUGGUUUGAUUACUGCGACCACCUUAUCACAGAGGCACACGCGGUGGUUGCAGAUACCUUGGCAAAGACUGUGGCUGAGAAGCUGUUUGUGGAGACUCUGCAGCCCCAGCUCCUGCAUGUAUCUGAGCAAAGCAUCCUGACCUCCACCGCGCUGCUGACGGCCAUGCUGCGCCAGCUCCGCUCCCCCGUGCUGCUGCAGGAAGCUGUGGCCUUCCUCCUGGGCCCUGACCAGCAGCCUGCAGCCCUUGAGGACAACCCCCGUACCCUGUGUUCACACCUCAUCAGACACUGCGACCACCUCUCCGACGAGAUCAGCAUCGCCACACUGAGGCUGUUCGAGGAGCUGCUCCAGAAGCCCCAUGAGCAGGUCAUCCGUGACCUGGUCUUGUGCAACCUCGACGGCCGUCUGUACGUGGCCCGGGGCUCACCGGAGCCCGAGAGUUAUGAGGACACCCUAGACCUGGAGGAAGACCCCUACUUCACCGACGACGGCUUCCUCGACUGCGGCUUUUCACCUUCUGCAAAACCUCGUACCGCUCCUCCCACGAGUGCCCCUGGCAAGACUGCAGUUACCGAGAUCGUCAACAGUUUCCUCUGCCUGGUGCCGGAGGAGGCCAAGACGUCAGCUUUCCUGGAGGAGACUGGCUAUGACACGUAUGUCCACGAUGCCUACGGACUGUUCCAGGAGUGCAGCUCCCGCGUCACCCCCUGGGGCUGGCCCCUGGGUCCUGCACCCCUGGACCUCCAUGAGCCCGAACGGCCUUUCUUUGAGGGUCCCUUCCUCCAAGUGCUGUUUGACCGCAUGGCCCGGAUUUUGGAUCAGCCAUACAGCCUGAACCUGCAAGUGACCUCAGUCCUGUCCCGGCUCGCCCUCUUCCCCCACCCCCAUAUCCACGAGUACCUCCUGGAUCCCUACAUCAACCUGGCCCCUGGCUGCCGGAGCCUGUUCUCUGUGCUUGUUAGGGUGAUUGGAGACUUGAUGCAGAGAAUUCAGAGGGUACCCCAGUUCCCAGGCAAACUGCUCCUGGUACACAAGCAACUGAUGGGCCAGGUCCCUGGGGAGCAGCUGGACCACCAGAUCCUCCUUCAGGGUGUGGUCGUACUUGAGGAGUUCUGCAAGGAGCUGGCUGCCAUCGCUUUCGUCAAGUUUCCCCCACAUGGUCCUCAGCUGAACCUCUCCCCACCCCUGGAAGGGCAAGUCUGAGCCAGGAGCAUGACGGGCAGGUGAGGAGACUCCUGUCCAAACCUCUGCUCAGAGCUGCCUCCUGCCUGGCUCCGCUGCCACUGCUCUCCUCUGGGUUGCGGGCCUCAGCUCCCAGGCCAACUCUGGGAGGCCUUGACCUGUUGACCACAUGGGCCAGGGUUUCAGGGAGUGGGCUUCUGAAGUGCCAAGGAGCAAGAGAGAGAGAUGGCUUCCCAGGCAUCAGGGUCCUCGGGCCUUCUCGGAGAAUGUGAGUGGUGGCCAGUGAGCGCCCAGACCCUGACCCUUCUGUGUUAUGGGACUGUUCCCUCAGUGCUGUCCCUGUGUGGUCAAGGCCAUGACCUGUGACAGAUAACUCCAUGGGCAAUGGGGACUGAGCUCCUGGCUCCCAGGAACCCAAGCCAGAGAGAUGGGGACCAGAAGCCCUGUCAUGAGGCACCAUGGAAGCUGCUGAAAUUUGUCAUUUUUUCUUGCCUUCUUGGCUUGAGCUGUGGAGAAGGGGCAGAGAAGGGGACUGUGGGGGAUCCCCCUCUUCCUGCCCUGCCCUACUGGAGACUGUUGCAAAAUUCCCAACUGCUUCAUGGCACAUGCCCAAAGCAUGCUCCGCACCCAGGCGGGGGCAGCCACUAAUGAGAACCCCAGAGCCGUGGCAGCCAGGGCAGGUGGGCGCCUUGGAGCUGGGGAUCCAGGUGCCAGUCCACACAGCUCCAGCUGCUUCCUCUCUGGCGUCUUCUGAACCUGUCUCAGCAGGUCCACAACACCUGGGCAGAGAGGUCAGUGACCAGGGGAGGCCAUCCUUGCUCUCCAAAAUCCAACUCCCGCUCAAUGCUCCCAGUGGAACAGCUGGAGCACAGGACCUCAGGGUACAGAUGGGCAGGACACCCCUGCCUCCAGACCCCCGAGGCCUGGUGGGGAGGGGCCGAGGCACAGGCAGUUGGUUCUGGUGUUGUUCUCCCUGUGUGCACUCCACGGCUGGGUCUGCUACCCCGCCCGGCCGAAUCUGUCUCGACCUGCAGGAACACGGGCGUAGCCAGGCAUUACCUCACAGCGGGACUGCAGUUGCUGGCUUUGCUCCUGGGCAAGGAGGAGCAAGCCAGAGCCCCUUUCGCUUCCUUUUCCUGCCCAUGCCGCUUCUAGAAGCCUGGCACAGGUUGCCAAGAGGUGACAUGAAAGAGGAGGGAACUCAGUGACCUCUACCUCUCCCGCAUUCCUCCAGCGGGGGAGGACUCUUGCUGCUUGGAAGAAUGCCGUGCAUGUGUGCACAGGGUGUUGGUGUGGCAGGAGAGCAGACAGUGGCUGGAUCGGGUCUGGACACAGAUUCUUAAACUGUUCGAGGGUCUGAGAGUCCCAGGCCUCUAAUCAAUGCACUUUGGCAUUUGCACGGUGUCUUCCCCCAGGUAGCACAGCAAUAAACAGUGUGACUGCGUGGA